CAGAACUGCUAAAGCACAGGAAGUAGCUCAGCAUAACAAAAGUAUGCUUACAAAAAUAACAAUACCAGCCAAACUAUGUGUCAGAUGGUCAGAUGUACAAUACGUGACUGGUAUCCUGCUCAUUUCCGCUUUUAGCAGACAAGAGCUUAUCAAUUAUUUCUGCUUAAGCAGCUCUAUGAAGUUGGCCCCAUGGUCGGAGUUUAUAAACGCAAGCGUGGAAAGUUCGUUCUUUCUUUGCGGAAUGUUCCAAACAUAAAUGUCGUUGCUAUCAAACUACACCAUAAAACAAACCAUAACCUAUAGACUAGCUUUAAAACAAACGCUCACAAUCGAUUAUAGCGCAUUACCAGAUGUGACUCAAAUCUAAGAUAUUAAAUUAUCACUGGCUCGAAGCUAAGCAAGCCACGCCCCAUGUCGGUGACUUUCAGUCCAAUAUUGUGUGAUUGACAGCGACGGUUAUUAUACACUAUCAAUGUCACUGACUUGGAAAUUUUGAAGAAGUUAAAAGGAGAAGCCGAGAAACCCGCAGCUCCAGAAAGCCAUUAAGCCACUUACUUACAAGGGUAGCAGAGACAGAUCAAAAGACACAUAAUGAUGCAGAAAGUAAAACAAGUAAUCCUGUUUCUGACGAUUUUGAAUCUGACGGGGAUCAAUGCUAGCGUGACGUCGCCGGAAGAAGGAAUGCCAACUGGACCAUGCUGCCCAGUCAGUCCUGCAGGGGUCCCUGGUAUUCCAGGUCACCCAGGCCCAUACGGGCCGGCUGGGUCUAAAGGAGACAUGGGGUCUCCUGGUGAUGUAGGUAUGCACGGAGCUAAGGGAGACAAGGGAUCAGACGGGUUGAAUGGGGAACGAGGCGCUACAGGAGAACCCGGCCAGAAGGGAGAACAAGGUGUCGGUCAGCCAGGUAAACAAGGACCUCAAGGAUCUAAAGGAGACACGGGGUCUCCUGGUGAUGUAGGUAUGCACGGAGCUAAGGGAGACAAGGGAUCAGACGGGUUGAAUGGGGAACGAGGCGCUACAGGAGAACCCGGCCAGAAGGGAAAACAAGGUGUCGGACGAGCUGGUUUGAGGGGGAAGGGAGGAGUAUCUGGACCAGUCGGUAUUCAAGGAAUUCCCGGACCGACUGGAUCUAAAGGAGAUAUAGGAUCUCCUGGUGGUGUAGGCAUUCGUGGAGCCAAGGGGUAUAAAGGGUCAAUUGGCUUAAAGGGGUCACAAGGACCAACCGGACGAGCUGGUUUGAGGGGGGAGAGAGGAGUACGUGGCCCAGUCGGUACUCAAGGAAUUCCCGGACCGACUGGAUCUAAAGGAGAUAUGGGAUCUCCUGGUGGUGUAGGCAUUCGUGGAGCCAAGGGGUAUAAAGGGUCAAUUGGCUUAAAGGGGUCACAAGGACAAUCCGGCAGUGCUGGGUUAGUGGGAGGGAAAGGAGUACGUGGACCAGUUGGACUGAAGGGUUUAAAGGGUGAAUGUGUUGAGCGUACUCAACGGGUGGCCUUUUCAGUAGUUAGAAACACAGACUUUACUGGAGCUGCUACACAUCUGCCCUUUGAAGAAAUACUGUAUGAGGAGCGCAGCAAUUUUGAUUUACCCACCGGUACUUUCACGUGUAAUGUGCCUGGCAUAUAUGUAUUCACGUUUUCAUUUUUGAAAGUCAAACACGUAGAUAAGGCUUCUGCUAACCUGAUAAAGAAUGAUGAAGUCGUUGUACGGGGAACGGCCUAUAGUACUGGUGUUUUCGUGCAGGCGGGCAACAGUGCAGUUGUGUCUUUACAAGACGGUGAUCGAGUUUUCUUAAAGCCGUCCGGUUCCUUAUCUAGUAGCAAUGACCAUCAAACGGCAUUUAGUGGGUUCUUGCUUUAUGAACCGGUGACAUUUACAGCGUGGACUGUCAAGAUGCAGAAAGUAAAACAAGUAAUCCUGUUUCUGGCGGUGCUAAAUCUGAUGGGGAUCAAUGCUAGCGUGAAGUCACCAGAAGAAGUAAUGCCAACUGGACCAUGUUGCACAGUCAGUCCUGCAGGGGUCCCUGGUAUUCCAGGUCACCCUGGACCAUACGGGUCUAAAGGAGACAUGGGGUCUCCUGGUGAUGUAGGUAUGCACGGAGCUAAGGGAGAAAAUGGAUCAGACGGGUUGAAUGGGGAACGAGGCACUGCAGGAGAACCCGGCCAGAAGGGAGAACAAGGUGUCGGUCAGCCAGGUAAACAAGGACCUCAAGGACUGCCCGGAACAGCUGGUUUGAUUGGAGAGAGAGGUGUACCUGGACCAGUAGGUAUUCAAGGAAUUCGAGGACUGACUGGACCUAAAGGAGAUACGGGAUCUCCUGGUGGUGUAGGCAUACGUGGAGCCAAGGGGUAUAAAGGGUCAGCUGGCUUAAAGGGGUUACAAGGACCAACCGGACGAGCUGGUUUGAGGGGGAAGGGAGGUGUAUCUGGACCAGUCGGUAUUCAAGGAAUUCGAGGACUGACUGGACCUAAAGGAGAUACGGGAUCUCCUGGUGGUGUAGGCAUACGUGGAGCCAAGGGGUAUAAAGGGUCAAUUGGCUUAAAGGGGUUACAAGGACCAACCGGACGAGCUGGUUUGAGGGGGGAGAGGGGAGUACCUGGACCAGUUGGUAGUCAAGGAAUUCCAGGACCGACUGGAUCUAAAGGAGAUAUGGGAUCUCCUGGUGGUGUAGGCAUUCGUGGAGCCAAGGGGUACAAAGGGUCAAUUGGCUUAAAGGGGUCACAAGGACAAUCCGGCAGAGCUGGGUUAAUGGGAGGGAAAGGAGUACGUGGACCAGUUGGACUGAAGGGUUUAAAGGGUGAAUGUGUUGAGCGCACUCGUCGGGUGGCCUUUUCAGUAGUUAGAAACACAGAGUUUACUGGAGCUGCUACACAUCUGCCCUUUGAAGAAAUAUUGUAUGUGGAGGGCACCAACUUUGAAUUAUCCACGGGCACUUUCAUGUGUAAUGUGGCUGGUAUCUAUGUAUUAAUGUUUUCAUUUCAUAAGACGAGUAGCCGCGAUGUCGCUUCCGCUAGUCUGAAGAAGAAUGAUCAAACAAUUGUGAGAGCAUAUAUAUCAGGAACUGAUACUUCUUUGCAAGGAGGUAACAGUGCAGUUGUGUCUUUACAAAAGGGUGAUCGAGUUUUCUUAAUGGUAUCAGGUUCAUUGUUUGCUAGCAUAAACCAUCACACUUCAUUUAGUGGGUUCCUGCUUCAUGGCGAGAACUAGAAAUUAAUACUCCACUCUCAUUAUCUAGUGUUAACUACUAGUAAUUUAUCAGGAGUGACGCAGCUUUAGUUAUUGGAAUCAAGAUAAUAAAAAUUCAGAAAUUGUUCUGUGUUACCUGCAUUUUCAGAU